UCCACGACAAAGAGCGCUCAGUCCCGACACGACAAGCGGCCGACGAGGCUGUAGAUGAGACUGCGAUACGACCAGACAACUCCAUAUUCCCACGAGGAAGCGCCGAGGCAACGGCACCGAGCCGGACCGAGAGUGCCUCCCAGGCAGUGGCGCAACGACUAUAUACCCUGCCGACAGUUGCCUGACCUACUUCAACCGGUACGGUAGCCAGGGCGUACUGAGUACGCCAGUAGCGCUCGUAAUUGAGCGGGAAACGCCUGUCGAACUCGAAACGGCGACACAUGUGACACGAGCGCACCAUCGGGACACCCCCGCCCUCUGCAGAAGCGCCCAUCCCCCGCCUCGGAGCUGAAGCAGGACGGGGCAAAAAAACAAAGGGACAAAGAACGUUUUUGACCAGGCGUGCGUCGUGGUUCCUCAUUGGGCUGCCAGCCAGGAUAGCACACGCAUACCGCACCCACGCUGCAAAGCCCCAGACUCGCCUCGCCUCGACUCGAACAUCCGAUAAGGGUGGCAGCGAGAGUGAGGGGUAGAACGGCCGGAGUGGACAUCUAGGUUGCUGGCCAGUGCCGAUUCUACCAGCCCAGCGUCGCCUGACGAGCCAUCGGAUCUGUUGGCAGCCCUGUCGAGCGGGAUACCACAGACGUCGACCUCCACCACCAGGACUACCACCAUGUCGGCCAAGGAUGGGGGAGGUGACUCCAAGCUCUUUGCGAGGGUAAGCCACUUUUGUUUUCUGCCCUGUACUUGUUCUUUUGCGCCCUGGCAUCCCCCGUCUCUGUCGCCAUCUUCGUCUCUCUUCUUCUACACACAGCCCAGGCUUCGUGCCGCUCCUCGCAACGUGCGCCCUUGGGUUGCCCUUCGCCUGAUCCCCUAACAUGCCAAUUCAACAACGUUUGCGGCUUCGCCAUCGGAUCGCAACAUGAUAGGCGCUUUUCCCGUGUACGCGCCAGCACUGGCGUUCGAUAAGCUAAGGACUCGACAGGGCAAAGUAGCGGAGCUGCGGAUCGAGCUCAACAGUGGCGGCAAGAAGGACAAGAACUACUCGGCCAAGAAGGUCGCCCUUAAGCGCAUCGUCGCCAACAUGACCAUGAGCAACAACGACAUGGUGGCGCUGUUCCCCGACAUCAUCGCCUGCAUGCACCUCCCGAGCCUGGAGAUUAAAAAGAUGUGCUUCUUGUACUUGGUCAACUACGCGCGCGUACGCCCAGAGAUCGCCGUCCAGGCGAUACCGAUUCUGGAGAAUGAUAUGGAGGAUCACAACCCUUUGGUGCGGGCGCUUGCGCUGCGGACCAUGUCGUACAUCCACGUCAAGGAGUUCGUCGAGGCUACGGUGCCCAUCGUCAAGCACAUGCUAAGAGACAACGACCCGUACGUGCGCAAAACCGCCGCCUUCUGCGUCGCCAAGCUGUACGACCACGACCGGCAAAUGGUGGAGCGAUCCGACCUAAUCGACCGCCUCAACUCGUUGUUGAGGGACGACAAUCCGACCGUCGUGGCCAGCGCGCUCGCCGGUUUGAUGGACAUUUGGGAGCGUAGCGACUCGAUCAAGCUCACGAUUGACUAUAGCAAUGCGUCCAAGAUGGUGGCUAUCCUUCCGGACUGCUCGGAAUGGGGCCAGACCUACAUCCUCGAAGCGCUCAUGUCGUACGUGCCACAAGAAACGGGAGAAGCUGCACUGUUGGCGGAGCGCAUCGCCCCGCGGCUGUCGCACUCCAACUCAGCCGUCGUCCUCACGUGCAUCCGAGUGAUCCUCUACCUCAUGAACUACAUCGCCGACCAAAAGCAGGUAUCGGCGCUGUGCAAGAAGCUGUCGCCGCCGCUGGUGACGCUGCUCGCCAAGGGUCCCGAGGUGCAGUAUCUAGCACUGAGGAACGCGCUGCUCAUCUUGCAGCGCCGGCCGGAAGUCCUCAAGAACGACAUCCGUGUCUUCUUUUGCAAAUAUAACGACCCCAUCUAUGUCAAGGUGACCAAGCUGGAGCUCAUCUUUAUGCUCGCCAAUGAGAACAACAUUGACGAGGUUUUGACUGAGUUGAGGGAAUACGCCACCGAAAUCGAUGUUCAUUUCGUGCGCAAGGCAGUUCGCGCCAUCGGGAAGCUGGCCGUUAAGAUUGAGCCGGCGGCGAGACGGUGCAUCGACUUGCUGCUGGAGCUCGUCUCGACAAAGAUCACGUACAUUGUGCAGGAGGCCACCGUCGUCAUCCGCAACAUCUUUCGCAAGUACCCGAACCAGUACGAAUCCAUCAUCGGCACGCUCUGCGAGCACCUGGAUUCGUUGGACGAGCCCGAGGCGAAGGCGGCCAUGGUGUGGGUCAUCGGGCAGUACGCAGAUCGCAUCGAGAACAGCGACGUGCUGCUGGAGGAGUUCCUGUACUCGUUUGCCGAAGAGCCGGUGGAGGUGCAGCUGGCGCUCCUGACGGCAACGGUCAAGCUCUUCAUCCAGAGGCCGACCAAGGCGCAGGAACUGGUGCCAAAGGUGCUCAAAUGGGCGACAGAGGAGACGGACAACCCGGACCUGCGCGACAGAGCCUACAUGUACUGGCGGCUACUUUCGACGGACAUGAACGCGGCCAAGCAGAUUGUCAUGGGCGAGAAGCCGCCCAUCACGGCUGAGGCGGAGCGACUGGAGGCGCCGACGCUUGAGGAGAUGUGUCUCAACGUCGGCACCCUCGCGACCGUCUACCUCAAGCCGGUGCAAUCUGUGUUCCGCUCGGCACGGCCCCGCAAGCUGCAGGACUCGCCCGCGCUGCAGAAGCAGAAUCUCCUGGUGGACAGGGACAACCAGAAGAGCAUCAGCAUGUUUGGACGUGGCGGCCAGCCUACCGACAUCGACUUGCGGAGCCGGGAGGCGGCCUCGGCCACCGCCUCCUCCAACGGCAACUUGUCACAGGCGGUGAGCGACGCCGACGCCUACUUCUCGAGCAUUGGGACGCAGCAGAUGGCGGCCAUGCGGAUAGACCCAGGCGACGACAUGUUUGGCGGCGGCGGCGGCAACGUGACGACGGGCUACGUGGUGAGCGCCCACGCACCGCAGGCAGUGAUUCAGCCGGCACAGGGCGGGGGCAGCAACGGCGACUUGCUGGCGCUGUGAAGAGGGCGGGCACUGCUGCCGCACGUCUGAACAAUGUCCCUGGUGGCCGUGCAGAGAGGGAGGGGGGCCUUUGCAUGUGUGCUGAUACCUCGCGGUGGACCUGGUUGCUCACUGGUCAGGGGCCUUACACUUAGGACUGGGAUUGUACAUAGCCACAACAAUUUGUGACGAGGACGGGACGACGAUGCGUGGAAGCAUUUCGAUGACAGGGAUGGCAAACACACCGAUGUUUGAACCGCUUUUUAAAGCCAUGUAGGAUGCAAGCACGAAUCACAGACAAAAGCGACCCUAGUCCCGUGGAGGCAAUUCGUGCAUCAUCAUCAGUCAGAUGGAGAGCUUGGCGAGAGCUGUCACUGUGGAACAGGCAUGUUUCAUCGCAGCAUAUUCCCACCUUGGUGCAUCCAUCACAGCAAAG